GAUCUCAGUAAGUGGUGGUGGCGGCAUCACUGGCGGCGGUUAUGGCAACAUCGAUUUUAUCGAUUCGGCGGAUUCGAGUGGUCUGGACUACGGCUCUGGUGGCGUCUUCUCGAAAGUCCUGUACGAUCGCCCUCAAGAUGAUCUGAACAGCUACAAGAAACGCAUUGACGCCAACACCGAGCAGCAGCGUGAGCAUGCUGAUAUCAUGGCCGCGUUGCAGCGCAAGGUGGAGGAAUAUCGACGGCGCUUUGCGGACAUCGAGGGAAAACUGGUGGUGAAAAAGCUGGACGAAACCGGUGUUGACCUAGGUGACAUCAAGCUCAAGGAUGACCUUCUUUGGAGCUCGAAGCUAAAGCUGGAGGAAUUCAGUGAUGCCGAGUUCGUUCGUCGCUUAGAGGAAGAACGCCGCCGAGCCGAGGAUUUGGCGAUGCAACUGGAUCAGGAACGUCUUCAGAAUGACCAGCUGCAGAGCGAGAUUCAGCGUUUACGCCAACAGUUCGAAAUCAGUAUUCGUGACAAGGAACGAGUCUACCAAAGUCGUGAGCGGGUAGUGUUGCAGUUUUUUCAUAAAUUUUGGACUUUCUGCCUCAAUCUUGCACAAUAUUUGGGCGAUGAGCAGCGUAAAAUG